GCACUCUUCCUCCUCUCCGCCUCCCGCUGCCGCUGGCUCCUUUGAUAGGUCCCAAACCCCUCCUGUAUCUCACUCCCUGCAUCACUUCACGCCCCACUGGGGAAUUAAUCGCUGAUCGUUUCUGUAUUAUUUUGGACCUAGCGGGCGAGGCUUCUGGUUAGGGUUAUGAGCUGCAGUCCGAAAUUUGUUCGAUUAGGGCAGGGCUAAGUGCUGAGUUGGAGUUGUCAGGGGGCCGUAGGAUUUGUUGGCUCGGUUUUGAAUGGCAUUGGGGGAUUUGAUGGCAUCCAGGUUCUCGCAGUCGUCUGCCACAGUUGUUUCAAGCCACUUGGAGGACUAUACCGAUCAAGAGGACAGGGAGACCGGGAGUAGCAACCAGAAUAGAAUUAGGGACUCUUUGGAGGCUGCUCCUAGUAGUUAUGGGGGCAGUGCUGACAAUGCCUCCACUUCGAUGACGACGACAACCAGCAUGGCAUAUCUGCCACAGACUAUAGUGUUCUGCGAGCUUCGGCACGAUGGCUUUGAAGAAUGCGUGCCUUCUGGACAAUUGGAAAGGGGUCUGGUUUCCAAAUGGCGUCCAAGGGAUCGAUCUGUUUUACCUCAGUUUUUGUUGCAGAUGAAAACGGGAUGCGUUGCUCUUGUGUUGUGCUUAAACAUUAGUGUUGAUCCUCCUGAUGUAAUCAAGAUAUCACCUUGUGCUCGCAUGGAAUGCUGGAUUGAUCCAUUUUCAAUGGCCGCACAGAAAGCACUCGAAACAAUAGGGAGGACUUUGAACCAGCAAUAUGAGAGGUGGCAGCCUAAGGCCCGCUAUAAAAUCUCACUGGAUCCUACCGUUGAUGAAGUUAAAAAAUUAUGCACAACAUGUCGUAAAAGUGCCAAGUCCGAAAGAGUUCUUUUUCAUUAUAAUGGACACGGUGUACCGAAGCCAACUGCAAACGGUGAAAUAUGGCUAUUUAAUAGGAGCUAUACACAAUAUAUCCCUUUGCCGGUCAGUGAUCUGGAUUCAUGGUUGAGAACCCCAUCUAUAUAUGUUUUUGAUUGCUCUGCAGCUGGAAUGAUUGUUAAUUCCUUCAUAGAGCUUCAGGACUGGAAUGCUUCUACUUCUUCUGGGGCUUCGAGGGAUUGCAUUUUGCUUGCUGCAUGUGAAGCACAUGAAACUCUUCCUCAAAGUGCUGAAUUUCCUGCUGAUGUAUUUACUUCAUGCCUCACGACACCAAUUAAAAUGGCACUGCGAUGGUUUUACAAUCAAUCUUUGUUGCGUGACUCACUUGAUUAUUCACUCAUAGAUAGAAUUCCCGGUCGACAGACUGACCGGAAAACACUUCUUGGGGAACUGAACUGGAUAUUUACGGCAGUUACAGACACAAUUGCUUGGAAUGUUCUUCCCCAUGAUCUGUUUCAGAGAUUGUUCAGACAAGAUCUAUUAGUUGCGAGUUUGUUUCGAAAUUUCUUACUCGCUGAAAGAAUUAUGCGCUCUGCAAAUUGUUCACCAAUUUCAUUCCCGUUGUUGCCACCAACUCAUCAGCAUCAUAUGUGGGAUGCAUGGGACAUGGCUGCUGAAAUUUGCCUCUCUCAGCUUCCAGCAUUAGUUGAGGAUCCCAAUGCCGAGUUUCAACCUAGUCCAUUUUUCACUGAGCAGUUGACAGCUUUUGAGGUUUGGCUGGAUCAUGGAUCCGAGCACAAGAAACCUCCAGAGCAGUUGCCUAUCGUGCUUCAGGUGUUACUUAGUCAAUGCCACCGGUUUCGUGCUUUGGUGCUUCUUGGAAGAUUUUUGGACAUGGGCCCUUGGGCUGUUGAUCUGGCAUUAUCUGUUGGUAUAUUUCCAUAUGUUUUAAAGCUUUUGCAAACGACCACUCCUGAACUUAGGCAAAUUCUUGUCUUUAUAUGGACAAAGAUUCUUGCACUUGAUAAGUCUUGCCAGGUUGAUCUUGUAAAGGAUGGCGGGCAUACAUAUUUCACCAGAUUUCUUGAUAGUAUUGAUGCCUAUCCAGAACAGCGGGCUAUGGCUGCAUUUGUUUUAGCUGUCAUUGUGGAUGGUCACAGACGGGGUCAGGAAGCCUGUAUUGAAGCAGGCCUUUUACAUGUCUGCUUAAGACAUCUUCAGGGAUCAGCAUCAAAUGAUGCACAAACUGAACCUCUUUUUCUUCAGUGGUUGUGCCUAUGUCUUGGAAAACUAUGGGAAGAUUUCAUUGAGGCACAAGUGAUUGCUAUACAGUCAGAUGCACCUGUGAUAUUUGUACCUUUACUUUCUGCACCCCAACCUGAGGUUCGAGGUUCUGUUGUGUUUGCACUAGGCACUUUGCUAGACAUUGGGUUUGGCACAUCCAAUGAUGGUGUUGGCGGAGUUGAAGAUAGUGACAUUGAUGAAAAAGUCAAGGCUGAAGUUAGUAUUCUUAAGAGCCUUAUGAGUGCUGUCUCUGACGGAAGCCCAUUGGUUAGAGCUGAGGUUGCCGUAGCUUUGGCACGCUUUGCAUUUGGGCAUAAUAAGCACCUGAAGUCUGUUGCAGCCUCAUAUUUGAAGCCUCAAAACAAUUCUGUGCUUACAUGUUUGCCUUCUUUUGCUGUCAAGAGUUCAGGCAGUGGAUAUACAACUCCAACACAUUAUGUGCCUCAUGGAAGUAUCAUUCCAUCUCCGAGAGGUCUGUUAUUGAGAGUUGGAGGUGAAAACCAAUCUACCAUUCGGGAUGGGAGAGUCUCUAGUAGCAGCCCCCUUGCUGCACCAAGUAUUAUGCAUGGGUCUCCCUUGUCUGAUGAUUCAUCUCAACAUUCUGAUUCUGGCUUAUUAAAUGAUGCCAUUAGCAAUGGCAUUUUGAACCAUACAAGACCACUAGAUAAUGCAUUGUAUUCUCAGUGUGUGUUAGUUAUGUGUACCCUGGCAAAGGAUCCAUCACCACGCAUUGCGGGCCUUGGUCGGCGUGUUCUGUCCAUAAUCGGUAUUGAGCAAGUGGUUGCCAAAUCUGUCAAGUCUACGAGUGAAUUUUCUGCAGCUCCUAGCACUAGUUUUGCAGGACUGGCUCGGUCAUCUUCAUGGUUCGACAUGAAUGGAGCCGGUCAUCUGCCUUUAACAUUCAGAACUCCUCCUGUUAGCCCUCCUCGUGCCAGUUACAUGACUGGACUACGAAGAGUUUGUUCGCUUGAGUUCAGACCACACUUGAUGAAUUCUCCAGACACUGGGUUGGCUGACCCACUUUUGGGCUCAGGUGGACCUUCUGGAACGUCUGAGCGCAGUUUCCUUCCACAAUCUACCAUAUACAAUUGGAGCUGUGGCCACUUCUCAAAGCCACUUCUUACUGCAGCUGAUGACGGUGAAGAGAUACUCAGUAGAAGAGAAGAGAGGGAGAAGAUGGCCCUCGACUUGAUCACAAAGUGCCAACACUCUACCGUGAGCAAGCUCCAUAACCAAAUUGCCAGCUGGGACACCAGAUUUGAAACUGGUACAAAAACUGCCAUCUUGCAGCCAUUCUCGCCAUUUGUAAUUGCUUCAGAUGAGAGUGAAAGAAUCCGGGUGUGGAAUUACGAGGAGGCAACCCUGCUUAACAGCUUUGAUAAUCACAGCUACCCUGACAGGGGAAUCUCAAAGCUGUGCCUUGUGAAUGAGCUCGAUGAGAGUUUGCUUCUUGUUGCUUCAAGUGAUGGCAACAUUCGCAUUUGGAAGGAUUAUGCAUCUAGAGGCCGACAAAAGUUGGUCACUGCAUUCUCUUCAAUUCAGGGUCACAGAGUGGGUAUGCGUAGUGUGAAUGCUGUGGUGGAUUGGCAGCAGCAAUCUGGUUGCCUGUUUUCAUCCGGUGAAAUUUCAUCAAUAAUGGCUUGGGAUUUAGACAAAGAGCAGCUUGUACAUACCAUUCCAUCAUCCUCAGACUGCAGCAUUUCUGCAUUGUCUGCCUCUCAGGUUCAUGGAGGCCAAUUUGCAGCUGGUUUUGUGGAUGGAUCUGUUAGGCUCUUUGAUAUCAGAAUGCCAGACAUGCUUGUUGCUACAACUCAACCACACACCCAAAGAGUAGAAAGAGUAGUGGGAAUUGGAUUUCAGCCUGGACUACAACCAGCCAAGAUUGUGAGUGCGUCUCAGGCUGGUGAUAUUCAAUUCCUUGACGUGAGGAACGUGAAGGAUGCAUAUCUAACAAUUGACGCCCACCGGGGAUCACUGACGGCUUUGGCUGUUCAUCGGCAUGCUCCGCUCAUAGCCAGUGGCUCAGCUAAGCAACUCAUCAAGGUGUUCAACUUGGAGGGCGAGCAAUUAGGCACCAUACGCUAUCUGUCCACCUUCAUGGCACAAAAGAUUGGAUCUGUUAGGUGUCUUGCGUUCCACCCUUACCAAGUCCUCCUUGCAGCCGGUGCUGCAGAUUCUUGUGUCUCUCUCUAUGCCGAUGAGCUUUCUCCUCCAAGAUGAGUCAAACCAUCACAAGGUCGGACAUGCUUUGAAUAUAUUUAUGUGACGAUUAGGUCCCUUGCCCCAUUUGUGUAUGUUUAUCAUAUUUGUUGAGCCUCCAUGACACGCUACGUGCCUACAUGAACGUGAAGCUCAGUGGGUUAAUUGACGCUCGUCAUCCAGGAGGCUUAUCUAAUAAUAAUUUGAUGCAUAGGUAAAGAAAGAUGUAAAUAUCUCUCUUUUGUUAUUUAAUUCUUGUUGGUUUAGUGCUGUUAUUCUUCUGAAUAUUUAAACCCUUUUCAUCUGUAUAGAUCAAAACUGGUCUGGACCUAUUUACAUAAUUCAAUUCCAUUUCCGAAAGAAAGUUGUAACUUUUUU